UCCAUGAGUGUCCUGGCUUCAAAGUCUCUGCAGGGGUUGGGGAGGGAGGGGAAGGGGUUGGAGAGGCCAGGGUGGUGGGGGCGGGAGCCAGAGCGGGGCUGCAGGAGGAGGACUGAGCAGCCAGGAGCCAGCCGGAGUCCUCAGCUGAGGUAUGUGGUCCUGACAGGGGUUGGGGAGCAGCCACUCCCAUCCCUCAGUCCCCAGGGGACACAGGAGGAUGUGUGGGAGCUCAGGGUUUGGGGUUCAGCCUGCUGCCUGUGGCUCUGCUCACGACUCCCCCAGAUGCCCGGCAAGGUGACCACUGGCAGCGACAUCGGGCAGGCCCACUGAGCCGUGGAGCAGCUGCAGAUGGAGGUGGGCGUCGACCGUGUGAAGGUGAGGCCAGGGCAAGGCGGGUGCAUCUGAGCAAGGGGGCAGGUGGACAGCCCAGCCCAGGUCUGGCUAACCGGGCUGGCCUGCAGGUAUCCAACGGCCACUGACCUGCUGCAGUUCACGGAGCAGGCCAAGAGUGACCCCUUCCUUGUGGGCAUCCCAGCUGCCACCAACCCCUUCAAGGAGAAGAAGCCCUGCACCAUCCUAUGACCCUGUAGCCCAGACCACCCAGGGGGCCUCAAUAAACAUGAAGUGAAUGCUCCUCAGGGCAUGGCAUGGCCAGGUUGCGAUGGGGGGCAAAGGGGGACUUUGGGCUUGCAGGGACCCGUGUGGUGUGCAACUGGCCCAGCCUCCCUCCCCGCCCACUCCAGGGUCACGGCCACAGGGGCCCACACACACCCUGGACCCUGGACAGAGGAG